CAAAUUCCAAUGGAUCGUUGACUUAAAUUUAAGUUGAGUUUGGUUCUCGGACUUGGAAGCAGAAAUGAAUCUUAUGACAUAAUCAUAUACAAGUUUAUCAUUCAUAAUUGCUUGUUUUCAUGAAUUUUCAGAUGGAACCACAAAAUACUAAACAUGUUCAGAUUGUUGAUAUCCCUGGCGAUGUUCCUGAUGAUGGGAUUGGAUCAAGCUCUCUGGAUUCCAUGGAACGUGCCACGGUUCUCACCGUAGAUUGCACUGCAGAACAAGAAAUUCCCAAGAUCGCUAACAUUUCUGACGAUGUUCAUCCUCACGAACAUGCCACGUUUCGCUCCAUAGAACUAAAAUUUUCCGGGACUUUACUGUUACUGGCAGCGGUAUUUGGUGUUGUCAUAAUAUUUAUGGAUGUAUGCCUCGGCAUUUUUGCCAAAAGUUUAACAAUACUAACUGUUGCAGCACAUUUGUAUGCUGAUGUUGCCACGUUGGCCAUCUCGGUGUGGGCAGUUUCUAGCUGGGAAGCCCCUCCCAGUGGAUCGCCUUAUUACCGGCGGUUUUUAAGGAUUGAAAUUCUCGGAGCCCUACUUUCCAUCCAACUCAUAUGGCUGUUCUCUGGGAUAUUGGUGUAUGAAGGCAUAGUGAAAACCAUCGACGACACAGCUGAGGUGAAUGCCGUUAUAAUGUUUCCUGGUGGCCUAGUUUGUCUUGGGGGAAGUGUGAUCGUGGCCUUACUUCUGGACCACAUAACUGUUGAAGAACAAGAUGGUGAUUUUCGUCACAGCGACGAAAUGACAAUUUCUAGUACUCGUAAUGAUCGUAAACGAUCACAUGAUCAUGAUGCUGCUGAUCAGCGUCAAGCACUGUUGGAUAAGCUUGCAAAAGACAGAUAUGAAAAGAUAAGGCAGAGGUGCAUGAAAGUACUCCGUGCACUAAAGGACUCCGUUCAUGCUAUUGCAGUACUGAUUUGCGCGGCGUUCAUUUUGUACGAGCCUGAGUGGAAGGUUUUUGAUUUGAUUUGCACCCUAAUUUUUUCUGUGACUCUUCUGUGGAAGACUGUCAAGAUGCUGCGUAAUGUACUUAAUGUCGUGGUGGGAAGGACACCUAGAGCGAUUCAUGUGAAGAGGACUUGAAAAGAAACUGUUGGAGAUGGAGUAUAUGAUGGAUGGAAAUUAACGAAAUGCAUAUUUGGGCUGUCACAAUGGGAUAGCCCUUCUGGUUUGCAAUGUGAAAUCAGACAAUGUGAUGGAUUAUAUCAGAGAGCUGGAUAUAGCUUCAGCAGUGUCAAUCUGCAAAUUGAUUGUUAGUAGGUUUAAAGGACAAAGAUGAUUGAUUAUAGAAGCCUCCCUUCGUGUGCAUUGCCAAGAUGUUUUUCGAGGUUUCUCUCUUCGUCCCCAACUUUGAUUUCUGUGUUUCCCCUUUCCGUUUUUCGUUUGUUGGUCUCUCUUUAAUUGCACAUUGGACAGUUCUUUUGUGGACAGAAUGUUCGUUAUUUAUUAAAAGAUGGAUUGCCGAUAUUGUGUCAAACAAACGUCAUAACAUUAGUAGAUAACAUGUCAAUAACUAAAUAUAUCGAUGUGUUAUUGGUACAAUAAUUGACAUUAUUAAUAUAAAGAUUCACUUUCUAUAUAUGUAAAUGAUGUCUGGAAAAAUGAUGCCAGGGUUUACAAUGAAGAUUAAGCAAGAAGUACAGGCCUUUUUAUGCUAAUUUCUUUUCAAUGGAUCUUCCCCCACUUUCCAUCUAAGGACGACGUGUUCUCUACGAUACAUGCAGAUAGCGAUAUUCGAAAGUUCCAACGGCCAAGAAUUCUGACGUAUACUAUGCAUGCUCCGAGGCAUACUCGAAAAAUCGAUACAAUACUUUCUUUGCAAUGUUUGCAUUGUUCUUUGUCUUCAAAAAGGUAAGAAAUUUUGUGUACGUAAUGGUAAUGAAACCAAUUUGAAUCUUACUACUACUUGGAUCUCCAAGUUUUAUUGGUUGAAGCUUACCCAUAAUACUACUCUCAACACACAAAGAGAUUAUUUUUCCAAGCUCCAACGUUAAACCUGCCUUCUCCUUAUUAUCUGGUCUUCUUGGUACCCAAAACAAAAACCUAGAAUUCAGAACUUCUUGUGAGUUUUUAUAUCUUUGCGGGGAGGAAAAAAAAGAAAGAUCUAAACUGGGUUGUAGCUUUUACUAAAAUUGGUUUGGUUUAGACUGUUGGUUUAACAUGAUCUUCGUUUGAGGAACUGUAGGAAUCCUAAUUUA